UGAUCAAACCAGCGUCGGGCACUCCGCCGCCAGAUGAACACGCGCACACACACACACACACACACAUGCACACACACUCUAGUCUCCCAACAAUUUAUAACUUCACUAAAACCUUUUAGAGAACAACAUAAUAUUUCUUUAUGAAGGAUGGGCUGUGCGAUAUCCGGCUUGGCGCAAAGUGCGGACUUGGGGGAGAAGAAGGUCCUGAAGGAAGGUUCGCGUCUAGGUGAAGAUAGCAUUGAAAUUAUUAAAGAGUCGUGGAAAGUGAUCAAGGACGACAUCGCUAAAGUGGGCAUCAUCGUGUUCGUCAGGCUCUUCGAGACCCACCCUGAAUGCAAGAAUGUCUUCUUCCUGUUCCGAGACAUCAAGGACCUGGAGAGGCUGCGGACCAGCCGUGAACUCCGAGCACACGGACUGCGGGUGAUGUCGUUUAUUGAGAAAAGUGUGGCCAGGCUGGACCAGCUGGAAAGGCUUGAGGCUCUGGCUGUGAAUCUGGGGAGAAGCCAUUACCACUACAACGCCCCCCCUAAAUACUACAGCUACGUUGGAGUAGAAUUCAUCAGUGCUGUGCAGCCCAUCCUGAAGGAGAGGUGGACCACCGAGCUGGAGGAGGCUUGGAAGACCUUGUUCCAGUACGUGACCGGCUUGAUGAAGCAAGGCUACGAGGAGGAGAGCGAGCGCCACAACCAGGCGGCAGUCUCCCCAAAGGAGAGAGUGGACAAGCGGAACACGGCGCUUUGAGACAACACAAAAUGUUAGUUACAAACGCACUGCAGUGACUUUUGAACAGAGCACUUUAUUUGUCAACGUCAACACACUGCCUUGGACUGGGAAUGCAUCGUCCAGAAGUCCAACAUGCCUUUCACUAAAUCAAUAUGUUGUGCUAUUUAGCCCAUUCAAACGUCUGAUGAACUGAAACAUUAUUGACAAAAUAAGAUUGCUAGUGCGGCAGCUUCAUGGGGUCCUUAAAGGGGCAAUAAUUCUACUAAAAACUACUUGAAACACGUGAGGGAAAAAACAUGAUUUUUGUUUUGUGUCCAAGCAACUCAUCCGACAGUUCAAUACAUUUACCAAAGAUAAAAAUGAAAUCAUCCCUCUAAAAAAAACUUAAAGUGACUGGCUUGACAAUUAGAAUUUGAACAUAAAUAGGGAGCGUAGUCAUUAAAUAGAAGAAAAGUCAACAGGCCGCUGGGCUGGACUGCGUGGAUUUGGCUCCAGAGACUGUCGAGAGCAGUCGAUUUGUGCGGUACGACAAAUCCUCACAGAUGGCACUCGGAAGAAUUGCCGACAACAAAUUAGCAUGGCAAAGUAUGGAAGUGGUCACUGGAACGAUGUACACGGUAUUCUGAGGGAGGGACAGACGGGUCAUCUGAGUGGAACCCACUCCCUUCCUGUCAGAAGGACCAGGAUCAGUUCAAGCCUAUCAGUCUGUUGCUCACUGGGUGGCUUUGCUUUUCUUGCUUUUGCUCUUUUUGUCUUUCUUCUUCAGUCCAUCCAUGUGUGCUCUGAGAAGGUUGGAAUAUGCCUGGAAAGAAGCGGUUCAAUUAGUUAGGCAUAUGCAGUAACUGUUUCCUGGGGACAGUUAUUCAGGGUGCACUCACAUAUGUACAUUUCAUAAUUUUGCAAUUGUCCCUACAGCCAUUAAUAAUCUCCACCUUACACAACUACUGAAAAUGGGGCACAAAGUCAGGAAAGGUGCAGUAAUAUAGUGUCGUGUGAGAAGUUAUGGCAAAUGUAAAAGGGUCAACUGGAAAGGGUACUUGACAUUUUUAAACAGGUGUGAUUUCAUUGGCGACGUGACUAUUCAAGUUUGCAUUUGCUGCUCAGCUAUAAGACCAUGCCGACAUCUAUUAUGUUUCCUGUACGAUUUCUUGAUUCACUUCCAUUCAAUCCACUUCUCAUGUUUCUGUAAAG